AUGGAGCAUGGACCGCGGUACAGUCGCGGGGGUGAAUCCUCGGGUGACGUACUGGCGGGAGGCUGUUGCCGGGUGCUGGACCCGGAGAGAUCUGCUCUGGCGGGAGGCUGUUGCCGGGUGCUGGACCCGGAGAGAUCUGCUCUGGCGGGAGGCUGUUGCCGGGCGCUGGACCCUGAGAGAUCUGCUCUGGCGGGAGGCUGUUGCCGGGUGCUUAACCCGGAGAGAUCUGCUCUGGCGGGAGGCUGUUGCCGGGUGCUGGACCCGGAGAGAUCUGCUCUGGCGGGAGGCUGUUGCCGGGUGCUGGACCCUGAGAGAUCUGCUCUGGCGGGAGGCUGUUGCCGGGCGCUCGACCCUGAGAGAUCUGCUCUGGCGGGAGGCUGUUGCCGGGUGCUGGACCCUGAGAGAUCUGCUCUGGCGGGAGGCUGUUGCCGGGUGCUGGACCCAGAGAGAUCUGCUCUGGCGGGAGGCUGUUGCCGGGCGCUGGACCCGGAGAGAUCUGCUCUGGCGGGAGGCUGUUGCCGGGCGCUGGAACCGGAGAGAUCUGCUCUGGCGGGAGGCUGUUGGCGGGCGCUGGACCCGGAGAGAUCUGCUCUGGCGGGAGGCUGUUGCCGGGUGCUGGACCCGGAGAGAUCUGCUCUGGCGGGAGGCUGUUGCCGGGCGCUGGACCCUGAGAGAUCUGCUCUGGCGGGAGGCUGUUGCCGGGCGCUGGACCCGGAGAGAUCUGUUCUGGCGGGAGGCUGUUGCCGGGCGCUGGACCCUGAGAGAUCUGCUCUGGCGGGAGGCAGUUGCCGGGUGCUGGACCCGGAGAGAUCUGCUCUGGCGGGAGGCUGUUGCCGGGCGCUGGACCCGGAGAGAUCUGCUCUGGCGGGAGGCUGUUGCCGGGCGCUGAACCCGGAGAGAUCUGCUCUGGCGGGAGGCUGUUGCCGGGCGCUGAACCCGGAGGGAUCUGCUCUGGCGGGAGGCUGUUGCCGGGCGCUGGACCCGGAGAGAUCUGCUCUGGCGGGAGGCUGUUGCCGGGCGCUGGACCCGGAGGGAUCUGCUCUGGCGGGAGGCUGUUGCCGGGCGCUGGACCCGGAGGGAUCUGCUCUGGCGGGAGGCUGUUGCCGGGCGCUGGACCCGGAGGGAUCUGCUCUGGCGGGAGGCUGUUGCCGGGCGCUGAACCCGGAGGGAUCUGCUCUGGCGGGAGGCUGUUGCCGGGCGCUGGACCCGGAGGGAUCUGCUCUGGCGGGAGGCUGUUGCCGGGCGCUGGACCCGGAGAGAUCUGCUCUGGCGGGAGGCUGUUGCCGGGCGCUGAACCCGGAGGGAUCUGCUCUGGCGGGAGGCUGUUGCCGGGCGCUGAACCCGGAGGGAUCUGCUCUGGCGGGAGGCUGUUGCCGGGCGCUGAACCCGGAGGGAUCUGCUCUGGCGGGAGGCUGUUGCCGGGCGCUGAACCCGGAGGGAUCUGCUCUGGCGGGAGGCUGUUGCCGGGCGCUGGACCCGGAGAGAUCUGCUCUGGCGGGAGGCUGUUGCCGGGCGCUGGACCCGGAGAGAUCUGCUCUGGCGGGAGGCUGUUGCCGGGCGCUGGACCCGGAGAGAUCUGCUCUGGCGGGAGGCUGUUGCCGGGUGCUGGACCCUGAGAGAUCUGCUCUGGUGGGAGGCUGUUGCCGGGCGCUGGACCCGGAGGGAUCUGCUCUGGCGGGAGGCUGUUGCCGGGCGCUGGACCCGGAGAGAUCUGCUCUGGUGGGAGGCUGUUUCCGGGCGCUGGACCCUGAGAGAUCUGCUCUGGUGGGAGGCUGUUUCCGGGCGCUGGACCCGGAGAGAUCUGCUCUGGUGGGAGGCUGUUGCCGGGCGCUGGACCCGGAGAGAUCUGCUCUGGCGGGAGGCUGUUGCCGGGCGCUGGACCCUGAGAGAUCUGCUCUGGCGGGAGGCUGUUGCCGGGCGCUGGACCCUGAGAGAUCUGCUCUGGUGGGAGGCUGUUGCCGGGCGCUGGACCCGGAGGGAUCUGCUCUGGCGGGAGGCUGUUGCCGGGCGCUGGACCCUGAGAGAUCUGCUCUGGCGGGAGGCUGUUGCCGGGUGCUGGACCCUGAGAGAUCUGCUCUGGUGGGAGGCUGUUGCCGGGCGCUGGACCCUGAGAGAUCUGCUCUGGUGGGAGGCUGUUGCCGGGCGCUGGACCCGGAGGGAUCUGCUCUGGCGGGAGGCUGUUGCCGGGCGCUGGACCCGGAGGGAUCUGCUCUGGCGGGAGGCUGUUGCCGGGCGCUGGACCCUGAGAGAUCUGCUCUGGUGGGAGGCUGUUGCCGGGCGCUGGACCCGGAGGGAUCUGCUCUGGCGGGAGGCUGUUGCCGGGCGCUGGACCCGGAGGGAUCUGCUCUGGCGGGAGGCUGCUGUUGCCGGGCGCUGGACCCGGAGGGAUCUGCUCUGGCGGGAGGCUGUUGCCGGGCGCUGGACCCGGAGGGAUCUGCUCUGGCGGGAGGCUGUUGCCGGGCGCUGGACCCGGAGAGAUCUGCUCUGGCGGGAGGCUGUUGCCGGGCGCUGAACCCGGAGGGAUCUGCUCUGGCGGGAGGCUGUUGCCGGGCGCUGAACCCGGAGGGAUCUGCUCUGGCGGGAGGCUGUUGCCGGGCGCUGAACCCGGAGGGAUCUGCUCUGGCGGGAGGCUGUUGCCGGGCGCUGAACCCGGAGGGAUCUGCUCUGGCGGGAGGCUGUUGCCGGGCGCUGGACCCGGAGAGAUCUGCUCUGGCGGGAGGCUGUUGCCGGGCGCUGGACCCGGAGAGAUCUGCUCUGGCGGGAGGCUGUUGCCGGGCGCUGGACCCUGAGAGAUCUGCUCUGGUGGGAGGCUGUUGCCGGGCGCUGGACCCUGAGAGAUCUGCUCUGGUGGGAGGCUGUUGCCGGGCGCUGGACCCGGAGGGAUCUGCUCUGGCGGGAGGCUGUUGCCGGGCGCUGGACCCGGAGAGAUCUGCUCUGGUGGGAGGCUGUUGCCGGGCGCUGGACCCUGAGAGAUCUGCUCUGGUGGGAGGCUGUUGCCGGGCGCUGGACCCGGAGAGAUCUGCUCUGGCGGGAGGCUGUUGCCGGGCGCUGGACCCUGAGAGAUCUGCUCUGGCGGGAGGCUGUUGCCGGGCGCUGGACCCGGAGGGAUCUGCUCUGGCGGGAGGCUGUUGCCGGGCGCUGGACCCUGAGAGAUCUGCUCUGGCGGGAGGCUGUUGCCGGGCGCUGGACCCUGAGAGAUCUGCUCUGGCGGGAGGCUGUUGCCGGGUGCUGGACCCUGAGAGAUCUGCUCUGGUGGGAGGCUGUUGCCGGGCGCUGGACCCUGAGAGAUCUGCUCUGGUGGGAGGCUGUUGCCGGGCGCUGGACCCUGAGAGAUCUGCUCUGGUGGGAGGCUGUUGCCGGGCGCUGGACCCGGAGGGAUCUGCUCUGGCGGGAGGCUGUUGCCGGGCGCUGGACCCUGAGAGAUCUGCUCUGGUGGGAGGCUGUUGCCGGGCGCUGGACCCUGAGAGAUCUGCUCUGGUGGGAGGCUGUUGCCGGGCGCUGGACCCGGAGGGAUCUGCUCUGGCGGGAGGCUGUUGCCGGGCGCUGGACCCUGAGAGAUCUGCUCUGGCGGGAGGCUGUUGCCGGGUGCUGGACCCUGAGAGAUCUGCUCUGGUGGGAGGCUGUUGCCGGGCGCUGGACCCUGAGAGAUCUGCUCUGGUGGGAGGCUGUUGCCGGGCGCUGGACCCUGAGAGAUCUGCUCUGGUGGGAGGCUGUUGCCGGGCGCUGGACCCGGAGGGAUCUGCUCUGGCGGGAGGCUGUUGCCGGGCGCUGGACCCUGAGAGAUCUGCUCUGGCGGGAGGCUGUUGCCGGGUGCUGGACCCUGAGAGAUCUGCUCUGGCGGGAGGCUGUUGCCGGGUGCUGGACCCGGAGAGAUCUGCUCUGGCGCCGGGAGUUCCCCUACCCCAGUAUGCGCUGGCAGAGACCCCAUCAAGGCAGAGCGGCGCACCCGCCUCAGAACAGAAGUGGCUCUACCUCUUUCUCGAAACGACUCAGUUCCUCUGGAGGGUGCGGAGGCUAUUCGGGACGACCGGUCGGUCGGGCGGGGACCGGGACGAUCGUUCGCCCGCGGGCUCGGCGUACCAGGAAUGGAGGAGGGGGUUUGGGGAGGGGUAA